GUUUGGCGCCACCUGAUCGCCUGUGCGUCUUGGCUUAGCUAGCGCUCCAACCAAAACCACCAUGUGCUCGAUCUUGUUGAGCGAGUGAGUCAUUCAGAUUCAGUUAGCUUGAAGGAAGGGAGCGAGGGAGGGGGAGGAGAAACCUGAAGGAAGCAGAGCUUUGUUCUGAGCUGAACUUUUAGCGAUAUGGUGGCCGAGAAGCAGAGGAAGCCAGUAGAUCAGGCGGUCUGGGCCUUCUGGCCCAAGGUGGUGCUCAAGAAAUGGCUCAACCUCAGGAGCAAGGACUCCAACUCUAACACCAACAGCGAAGAUGACCUCGACGGCGACGUGAAGAUUCCCGGUGAGUCAGACGAGGAGAGCCGCCCCGCGGCGCCGUUCAGGCUUCUGCGGCGGCAGAACUCCGCGACGAUGCGCGCCGAGUACAUCGACACGAGGGAGCUCAGGGUCUUCGUGGGCACGUUCAACGCCGCCGGCAUCCCGCCGUCGCCGUCCUCCGGCCCGGACAUCGCCGAGUGGAUGGACAUUGACCUUGCCGGCGGCGACGGCGAGCAGGCUGACGUGUACGUGCUCGGGUUCCAGGAGGUGGUGCCGCUGAACGCCGGCGUCGUGUCCGGCGCGGAGGACCUCGGGCCGGGCAUGGCGUGGGAGGAGCUGAUCCGGGACACGCUGCGCCGGGCCGGCUCCAGGCCCAGGUGCCGGAGCCACCCGGCCACGCCGGCUCGCUCCUUCCACGGCGACGACACCGACACGUCGGACCGGGUCAGCCUCGCGUGGCCGGAGCCGCCGCUGCACUUGCUGGCCAAGCUGACAACCGCCGACUUAGGCAACUACAAUGAGAAGAAGGAGAAGAAGGAUUGUGAGCCGUUCGUGAGGAUGGUGAGCAAGCAGAUGGUGGGCAUCUUCCUGACGGUGUGGGUGCGGCGAGAGCUCAGGAAAUUCGUGCACAACAUCAAGGUCUCCACCGUCGGCGUGGGCGCCACGGGCAAAGCCGGCAACAAAGGGGCGGUGUCGGCGAGCAUGUCCAUCCACCAGACCACCUUCUGCUUCGUGUGCACCCACCUGGCGGCCGGCGAGCGCCCCGCCGACCUCCUCAAGCGCAACACCGACGUGCACGAGAUCCACCGCCGAACGCGCUUCUCCGCCGCCUCCAACGCCGCCGGCCUCGAGCUGCCCCGAGAAAUCCACGACCACGAGAGGAUUUUCUGGCUGGGGGACCUCAACUACCGGAUCGAGGUGCCGUACGAUCGGGCACACGGGCUCGUGGCGGCCAUGGACUGGGCUGGGCUGGCGGAGAAGGACCAGCUGAAGCGGGAGCUGCGGAAGGGGCGGGCGUUCGAGGGGUGGGCGGAGGGGGCGCUGGAGUUCGCGCCGACUUACAAGUACGAGAUCGGGCCGCCGGCGCAGAAGAGCAGGUACAUCGGGGACGACGGGAAGGGCGGGAGGAGGACGCCGGCGUGGUGCGACAGGGUGCUGUCGUACGGGAAAGGGCUGCGGCUGCUGCGGUAUACGCGGGUGGAGAUGGCCACGUCGGACCACCGGCCCGUGGCGGCCACGUACGGCGCCGAGGUGGAGGUGUUCUGCGGGAGGAAGCUGCAGCGGGUGCUCGCGCUCACCACGGCCAAGGUGGAGCGCGGGGAGGCCGCCGCCGUCGUGCCACGGCCGCCGCCGGACCUCGAGUUCUGAUCUACGUGUGUUAAAAUUCUGAUUAGCACACUGCAGCUGCAGGAGGAUGUUCAUUAAUUCGGUGUUAUCUUUUGCUACUUGUUCUACUGCAUUGCUGCGGAUCAGUAGUGCAUUUUUUGCGGGUUUCUCUGGCAAGACGGGCGUCGCGUGAUCACUGAUGAGAGAUGUUUUUAACGAGUGAGAGAGUGUAGUGACUGGAUAAAUGGGGAAGUGUUGCCUCAGAAACCAGAAUCCAUUGUCACCGGCCUGUGUGUUAACAUGUGGAAUCGCGGAGCAGGCAGGGUGUUGUUUACGCGCACACUGGCUCAGCAUAGUUCAGACAGCCAAGAGU